AUGUUGGAAGAUAAAUCUAGGAAAUCUACAAUUUUUAUAGAUAAUUCAACAACAACCAAAAUCCCUAAAGGCAGACAUCCAAAUUUAUUCAAUUUACAACAACCCAUUAUAACGAAUUCUUUAUCAUCUAAUUCUAAUAUUAUUACAUUUCACGAUUCUAAUAAUACUACUAUACGUAAAAUUAUGCUUCGUCAAAAAAAAUGUCCUCCUGAUAUGUCAACAAUUUCUAUAAAUUCUGUUGACAUACCUAUAAAAAGUAAUUUUCGUAAUACUUUUUGUUUAAGUGAAAUUAAAAAUUUUCAUGAUAAUAAUAUUAAAAAAGAUAUACUUCCUACUACAAGUACUAUUAUUAAUAAUGAAAGCUCUAAUGAAAUGUCUAACUCUAUUAAUAUUAUUAAUGAAAUUAAAAAUAAUAAUAAAUGUUUAAUUAAAAAAGAAAAAUCUGAAUUAUCAUUAGGUUUUAAAAAGUUAUUUCGUUUAAAAAGACGUUCCUCUGUCUUAUCUACUUCAACAAGUUCACCAUUGCUUUCAAAUGUAUUACUUGAUAACUCUCGGUUGACAUCAUUUGACUCAACCACUCAAUCUUCAAUUUUUAUUAAAAAUAAUAUUAUAAAUAAGUCAAGUAAACAUAUGUCAAAUACAAAUAUUAAUUGUUUAAAAACAAGCAAAGAUUUAAUUGAUGAAAUAAUAUUAAAUCAAUCAAAACCUUAUCCGCAAAUUAUAUUACCAUCUAAUGGGGGAUUUUGGGUUGACGGAGUAUAUAACAAUUCUACUAAUAUUGAUGAUAAUUUAAUAGAAAGAUCAACAUUACACUUAAAUAAUAGUUGUGCAAGAUUUAAAUUAGAAACAGAUGAUACAGCUAAUUGUUAUAGACGUCAUUUUUUGGAUAAAGAACAUCAUAAUUUUUAUGCUCAUGACAAUAACCUUGGUCCAUUAAUUCUUUCUGUUAGAACUGAAACAAUUUCAUCACAAGAACAUUUUAGAAUAAUGUUACGUACUAGACAAGGUACAAUACAUGAAAUAGUACCAGGUAGUGCUUUAGAGGACCAUCCAACAGCAAGUAGAAUGGCACGUCUUUUAUGUGAUGAAGUUACGGCUGAUCGUUUUUUGCCAAUAGCUUUUCCUGGUGGUAGUGAACUUAUUUUAAAUUAUGAUGAACAUGUUAUAACACAUAACUAUAAAUUUGGUAUAAUUUAUCAAAAAUUUGGUCAAAGUACUGAAGAAGAAUUAUUUGGUAAUGCAUCUGUUGAUGAAUCAUUUAAUGAAUUUUUAAGUAUAUUAGGAGAAAGAGUUCAAUUAAAAGGUUUUGAAGGUUAUCGAGGUGGUCUUGAUAUUCAUCAUGGACAGACAGGUGAUGAGUCUAUUUAUACACAAUUUAAAAACAAACAAAUCAUGUUUCAUGUAUCAACUAUGUUACCAUACACAGUUGGAGAUUCACAGCAGUUACAAAGAAAACGACACAUUGGUAAUGAUAUAGUUGCUAUUGUUUUUCAAGAAGAAAAUACACCAUUUUGUCCUGAUUUAGUAAAAAGCAACUUUUUACAUACAUAUAUUGUAAUUCAACCAAUUGGAAGUGGAACUAAUAAUUGUAGAUAUAGUGUUUCUGUCACAGCAAGAAAUGAUGUACCAUUUUUUGGUCCAACAUUACCAUCACCAUCAAUAUUUAAAAAAGGACAAGAUUUUAAAACUUUUCUUUUAACUAAAUUAAUAAAUGCUGAAAAUGCUGCAUAUAAAUCUGAAAAAUUUGCUAAAUUAGCUGAAAGAACAAGAAUAUCAUUACUUGAUACACUUUUUUUAACAUUAAAAGAAAGAUCUGAAUUUUAUGGAUUAUCAUUUUUAGAUUCAACAGAAAAUAUUGGUCCAUCUCCAAAUCUUGGUAUAUUUCAUUCCGUUAAACGUGCAUUUACUGGUAGAUCACGUUCAGUAUCAACAGAACAACACACAUUAACAGAAAGUACCCAUGGAAAAAAUAUAUUUAAUAAUAAAAAAUACCAAAAAAAUACUUUACAAUUGGAAGGUAAAUCAAAUACUUCUACAAUAUCUACACCUAGAGAUAGAAUGCUUUCAACUAACAAUACUUCAAUUAAUAGAAAUUCAAUGGUUCUUAGUGAUCAUCUUGAUUUUGAAGAAGAUGUUUCUGAUACCAAAUCAGGAUCAUCUAAAUCUUCAACACAUACUGUAGAAAAGAUAACACCAAUUGUUUCUAGAUAUCGUUUACCAUCUGAAAAAGUUAGAAUGCGUUAUGAAGGAAAUAGGCUAUCAGUUAAUGGUGAUUGGGAUUAUAAUUGUCAUGAUAAUGAGAGUGAAGGUCGUGACUCAGAUACAGGAAUUGAAAGUAUGGCGUCAUCUGAUUUACAUAAUCAUACAUACGGAUCAUCAGUUAAUGUUAUUAGAAGGCAAACAAAUGGAAGUUUAACAAUAUCUCUUAAUGAUGUCUCACCACAAUCUUCAUGUGCUCGAUCAACAGCAGAUAGUGAUGAUUUAAAAAAAUUAGAUGAUUUAAUUCAUGAUGUUGAGAGGUUAAAUGUUGAGAAGAAUGAUCUUUUAAGACAAAAUGUUACAUGUAAAACAGAUAUUCAAAAAUUAAAACAAAGACAAUCAUUAUUGUCAAAUGAUUUAGAAAAAGCUAAUGAAGAAAUUUUACGUUUAAAAAAAAUUCUUCGUCGUGUUUCAAUAAAUUGUCCUAUUGUUAAUAAUGAUGAACUCUCAACAGCCAUCCCUGAUAGACCUUACAUUCCUGAUGAUGAUUUUUUUGAAGUUUCCCCACCAGUACAUACAUAA